AUGUGCGAAGCGGGAACAGGAGAGCUACAAUAUGCGAUACCCCGCGCCGCCCGCUCAGUCUGCCGCUGGCGAGUAAACAGGGUGAACGUUACUGCAUUUUGGCGCGUAAUGGCUUCCUCACAGCGCAAUCGUGCGAUCUCUAUGCGCGAGAUUGCUGAUUUUUUACAGGAUGAUGAUGACUCUGAUAUUGAGGAGGCUCAGAAUGAAGAAAUUGAAGACUUGUUGUCUGACCUGCAAGUGGUUGUGGCCAGUCAAGAAAGGCACGAUGAUGGUGCAGUUGAGGAGCAGGAGCAAUUUCGUGAACCGGUCAACCAGCGAGGGCGUACUCGGGAGCGUACACAGAGAAGGUUUCGGCGCGGGCGUCAGCGCGGCGGCACAGUGCGCUCAACUACACACGGGCGAUCUUCACAAAUGCAGAUUACUCUAAGAGAAAUGGACGAGGCCAAUGGAUGGACGUAUGUGCCAAGAGAACGUCCAUUAGAAGACCCUGUCUUCGAAGAAGUAUGUCGUGUCUUAGCCCCCAUAGAUGAGAAUUCAUCAGAAAUCGACUGCUUUUCAGUCUUUUUCACAAACGAUUUUUGGAAGCUCCUGAAAACUGAAACGAAUCGAUAUGCCGCGCAGAUGAAGACCAAGCUGGCUAGACGAGGACUGCUAAAACCAGGGAGUAUGCUCGAUAAGUGGACACCCGUUACGUUGGAAGAGCUGAAACUUUUUUUCUCCAUAAUAAUUCAUAUGUCGCUAGUGCAUAAAGAAAGCUUUGACGCGUACUGGUCCACAAGAUAA